CCUUCCCGUGGGAGUUGGCCGGAGGCAGGAUGGCGGCGCUGCGCUGGGAGUGAUGGGUUUCCGAAUGAGUGGAUCAUGAGGAACGUACUUUAGGGACUUGCCAUAGUAUGGCUGCUUCUCGAUCUACUCGUGUCACAAGAUCAACAGUGGGGUUAAAUGGUUUGGAUGAAAAUUUCUGUGGCAGAACUUUGAGAAACCGUAGCAUCGCUCACCCAGAGGAAGUUUCUUCUCUUCCACAAGUACGAUCCAGAUCUCCAAAGAAGAAACCAGAAUCUCUGCAGACACAGAAAGGAAGUAACAGUGGACGAACAAAUGAUAUAAAGCAGCAAAGCUCUAGGGAAUCAUGGGUAAGCCCUAGAAAGAGAGGACUAUCUACUUCAGAAAAGGAUAGUAUUGACAGACAGAUUGUGGAGAAUUGUGAGAAGAAGCAAGUGGAACCUGUCUCACCAGUUUUAAAGCGAGUUAAGCGCUGCCUACGCUCAGAGGCACAAAAUAGUUCAGAAGAAGUGCUGCCCUCUAAAACAGGAAAGGAACGAUUGGAGCGCAAAAGCUCACUAUCGGACAAUGUUGCAGUCUCUCCAGGGACUAAACGAGCUUGUCGAUAUCUUAUAUUGGACAGUGGUGAUAAAAGGGAAGUUAAAAAAGUGAAUGCUUGUACAGAAAGAUGUAACAGUUCAGUAUCUGAAGAACUCGUAGGCUGUCAGACUGUCAAUGGGGUUGAUGGGAGAGACCCAGAUGCUAUCAAGUGUGACUGUCAGCCUGAUGGGAAUACUGCACAGCACAAUGCUGAUUCCUGUUCAUCCAAGGAAAAAUCUGUAGCAGAAAAUGGCAACUCAUUGGCUCAUUCUUCAUUUUUUCUUAACAGAAGUAAGGAGGACAGUUUUGUAGACCACAGUGUGCCUUGCACAAACCUACAAGAACAGUUAAAGUUAGAGGACCACAAACAAUUAAACAACUCUUUGCCUGAGGAACCUGCUAAUCGGGCACAUGAGUCAGGUACGGGUACAGGGUCCUUUUCUGAAAUCCAGUCAUCUUUAUUAAGGGAUUCUGAGGAGGAAGUAGAUGUGGUGGGAGAUAGUAGUGCCUCAAAGGAACAGUCUGCUGAAAAUACCAACAGCAACUUGGACAACUGUAAUGACAAUACAUCAAUCUCAGGUGAACCUGAACCACCAGUUUCUGUGUUGGACUGUGUUUCAACCCAAAUUACAUCAGCAUCAGAACCUCAAGAACACAGAUAUACUCUGAGAACAUCACCAUGGAGGGUAGGCUCAGCCAAAGGUAGCCCUACUAAAAAUAACUCUCCAUGUAGAGAAAAUGGACAGCCUGAGGAAAUCAAUUAUAGUGCCCCUGGGAAGAAUGUAGAAUCAAAUAUUACUAAUAUCAACAGAUCUUCUAUAAACACAGAAAAUAUUCAGAAUGAGAAAGAAAAAGUUUGUGAUUCUGGGGACUGUGUAGAUGAAAGACUAAGCAAACCACCCUCAGAGGCUAGACUUGUUACUGGAUCCUUACCAUCUGCCAAAGAGAGUGCCAAUCUUCAUGCUGUAGAGGAUGAUGAGGAAGAGCCUGAUGUGUAUUUCUUUGAAUCAGAUCAUAUGGCAUUGAAACACAACAAAGAUUAUCAGAGACUGUUACAGACGAUUGCGGUACUCGAGGCUCAGCGUACUCAAGCAGUUCAAGAUCUUGAGAGUUUAGGGAGACACCAGAGAGAAGCGCUGAAAGAUCCCAUUGGAUUUGUGGAAAGACUCCAAAAGAAGGUUGAUAUAGGGCUUCCAUAUCCACAGAGAGUUGUUCAGCUGCCAGAGAUAUCAUGGGACCAAUAUACAACAAGCCUUGGAAAUUUUGAGAGAGAAUUCAGAAACCGAAAACGUAACAGUAGACGCGCAAAGCUUAUUUUUGAUAAAGUGGGUUUACCUACAAGACCAAAAAGUCCUUUGGAUCACAGAAAGGACGGAGAGGCCACUGCAUACUCUGUAUUGCCUUUUAGUGAUUGUCCAGAAGCUUCAACAAACAACCGUCCACAGCAGAUGAUAAGAGGGCGACUUUGUGAUGAGACCAAACCUGAAACAUUUAACCAGCUGUGGACUAUAGAAGAACAGAAAAAACUUGAACAGUUGCUCUUGAAGUAUCCUCCAGAGGAAGUAGAGUCUCGGCGGUGGCAGAAGAUUGCAGAUGAACUGGGAAACAGAACUGCAAAGCAGGUGGCCAGCAGAGUACAAAAGUAUUUCAUAAAACUGACUAAAGCUGGUAUUCCAGUUCCAGGAAGAACUCCAAACUUGUAUUUGUACUCCAAAAAAUCAUCAAGUAGACGGCAACAUCCCCUGAACAAACAUCUCUUCAAGCCCUCAACUUUCAUGACGUCCCAUGAACCCCCUGUGUAUAUGGAUGAGGAUGACGACAGGUCUAGUUUUCACAGCCACAUGGGCAAUACAGCUGAGGAAGAUGUAUCGGAUGAAGAAAGUAUUCCUUUAGUAUAUCGAGAAUUACCAGAAUACAAAGAGCUGCUUAAGCUAAAAAAAUUGAAGAAAAAGAAGCUGCAGCAAAUGCAUGCAGAAAGUGGCUUUGUGCAGCACAUAGGCUUCAAGUGUGAUAACUGUGGAACUGAACCCAUCCAAGGAAUUCGGUGGCACUGCCAAGACUGCCCUUCAGAAAUGUCUUUGGAUUUCUGUGAUUCUUGUUCUGACUGUCUCCAUGAAACAGAGAUUCACAAGGAAAAUCACCGAUUGGAGCCUAUUUACAGAUCAGAGAUGUUCUUAGACAGAGACUACUGCAUGUCCCAAGGUGCCAGUUAUAAUUACCUUGACCCCAACUACUUUCCUGCAAAUAGAUGACAUGGGAAGCAAAUGGCAACUUGAAAGCUUAGGAUCCUCUUUGAAAACCGACCGUGGUGCUGCUGCUGAUUCAGUGCCCACCUUGGAAAGACGCUUGCUUCCCUAUGGAGGAACGUCACUCAUAGCAUGAGAGCUUCCCAGGCACCCUCAUCACACUAUUGCUCUCUGAUCCGUCAUGAUUCUAGAUCACUGAACAGAGGCUGAACAUUCCGGGGUGCGG